UUUCAAUUGCGAAGUAGUUCAUUUCAGUGUAGAGCAAAAUGAAAGCCAAAUAUUAUUGGCUAAUUCUUAUAGUCAUAAAAUUGAUACUUUUUUGCUCUUGGAGAUUUAUUCGAUUAAAUCGACAAUCUGAAUCUCAUGCGGAGACAUUAAAUUAUGCAAUUAAAAUGUAUAAACAACCAGCUGUUGUAAAACUACCAGAAAAAAGCGAACCAUUUGUUGAUUUACGUUCCUCGUUAAUGUUCAAUAAGUUGCAGAAAGCUCAUAAAGAAAAAGAAAAACUGGAUAUUUGUGAUAACAAUAAACUAAAGAAAUAUGAAGAAACUCCUGGAAUAAGUUGCAUUCCCUAUAGAGAUUCUCUGGGUGUUCAUGCGAUAAAAGUUCCGGAUUUCGACGCCUUUGAUGUGUUAUGUGACAAUGGAUGGACAGUCAUCCAACAGCGGGUAAAUGGUAGCUUGGAUCUCGAUCGAAAUUGGGACAGUUACAGAAAAGGCUUUGGCUGCUUUGAUGGUGACUUUUUCCUAGGACUGGAAAAGAUCCACCACCUUACAAAAAAUAAGCCCCACGAGCUCUACAUCUACUUGGAAUCCUUGAUUGGGAUCAAAACUUGGGCACGAUAUGAUCAUUUUGAGAUUACUGAUGAAAAUGAUGGAUACAGGCUGAUAAACUUGGGUGUUUUUUCUGGUAAUGCAACCAAGGAUGCUAUGAGACAUCAUGAAAAUCAGAAGUUCUCAACAGAAGACCGCGAUAAUGAUUCCGUACCCUGGAAUUGCGCGAAGAUUUACAACAGUGGCUGGUGGUACAAAAACUGCAUGUAUAGUAAUCUGAAUCUCGAUUCCGUUAGCAUCGAUGGAGCAAACGUUAUUGAGGUAUAUUGGAAUGAGAAGAUGUAUGUUAAGCAAGAAAAGAUGUUUAUACGUCCGAAAAGUUAAUGUUUAUGAUAAUAUAAGCAGUAUUUU